AUAACGAUUGAUACAACCUAAUAUAUAAAGGGUUAAAAAUGGACAAAUAAUCAGCCUUUCAAUUGUUUCUCCAACAUGAAGGUCGUAGUAUUGGCAUUGGCUUAUUUAGUAGCAGCCUGCUUGGCUGAACAACAGUACAUUCAACCACAGUUCUACCCCACCGAACCAAGACAGGCCCAGAACUCGACUGGUUUGAAGGUAGUAGAUGGUUUCAAUGCUGCCAGAAAUCAAUUCCCUUAUCAAAUUUCUCUGAGAAGACUGCUCAUAAUCAGCUAUUUCCACACCUGCGGUGGUUCAGUUGUCAGUCCGAGAUGGAUUUUGACAGCUGCCCAUUGUACUUGGGGUAGGGCUGCUAGCCAAUUCCGUGUUGUCGCUGGUAUCUUGAACCAAGGUGACUCAGGAAUCGCCAACCAACAAACUGUCGCUGUUGCUCAAAUUAUCAACCAUGAAGGAUAUCCAGGUGGUGAUGAAGUAUCUGCUGAUGAUAUCGCCCUCGUCCUAUUGGCCAACAACCUCAACUACGGCGUCAACGUACAACCCAUCCCUCUUGCACAACCUGGAUCCUCAGCUCGUGGUACUGCCGUCCUUUCUGGAUGGGGUUCCCUAGGACCACCAACCAAUGCUGCCCCUGAAACUCUUCAAUUCAUCGAACUUCCAAUCUUGCCUCAAGAUCAAUGCGCUACUCUGAUCGCCUCCCUCUCAGGCCGUAACAACCCCUUCAGACCUUUACUGAACGUGUGCACUCUCCCCGUAACCACCACCAGCAGAGAAGGUGCUUGCCAAGGAGACAGUGGCGGUCCAUUGGUCCAAAACGGCGUACUUGUCGGUGUUGUAUCUUGGGGUUACAGUCCAUGCGGUGGUAUUGGCUACCCAUCCGUUUACGCUAAAGUGUCCGCUUACAACGCCUGGAUCAGACAAAACUCAAACGGUGAAGUCGGUCUUUGGCUGUCAGUUGCAAUCAUGAAGAUCGCAGUAAUAGUAUUGGCUUGUUCAAUAGCAGCAUGCUUGGCAGCUGAAGCUGAGUACAGACAACCAGAGUACUACCCAGUUGAACCAAGACAGUUCAAAAACUCGACUGGUUUGAAGGUAGUAGAUGGUAGCGAUGCUGUCAGAAAUCAAUUCCCUUACCAAAUUUCUCUUAGAAGACUGCUCCUGAUCAGUUAUUUCCACAUUUGUGGUGGUUCCAUCAUCAGCCCAAGAUGGGUUUUGACAGCUGCCCACUGUACUUUCGGUACAGCUACUAGUAGUUUCCGCAUCGUUGCAGGUAUCCUGAACCAAGGUGACUCCGGAAUCGCCAAUCAACAAUCUGUUGCUGCUUCUCAAGUCAUUAACCACGAGUCAUAUCCAGGUGGUAACCAAGUAUCUGCUAAUGACAUCUCCCUCAUCCAAUUAGCAACUAGCCUCACCUACGGCAUCAACGUACAACCCAUCCCUCUUGCACCAGCUGGAUCUUCAGCUCAAGGCUCUGCCGUACUUUCAGGAUGGGGUUCUCUAGGACCACCAAGCAACCAAUCACCUGAAACUCUUCAGUUCGUAUAUCUUCCCAUUUUGUCUGGAAAUGAUUGCGCCAAUCUCAUUGCCUCCAUCUCAGGAUCCAACAAUCCCUUCAGAGCUGCUCUUAACGUAUGUACCGUACCAACAUCCAACCAGAGUGGAGAGGGUGCUUGCAGCGGUGACAGUGGUGGCCCAUUGGUCAACAACGGUAAUCUAAUUGGUGUUGUAUCUUGGGGUUACAAUCCAUGCGGCGGCAACGGUUUACCAUCCGUUUACGUAAAGGUAUCCGCUUACACCAACUGGAUCAGACAAAACACAAACGGCGAAGUUAAUCUUACAGUAUUUUCUACUGGUAACUGGUAUGAAUUGGUGCCUGCAAUUCCCUUGCCACAACACUACACCCAUGGAGAAAACAGCUGGAUGCUCCUUAGACCCAGCGAAAGUGCCAGAGGGGAAUCCCCAAAAAUUGAAGAAAAUAUGGUGAUACAGGCUUUCAAUCGCAUCGCAAUCAUGAAGGUCGCAGUAAUAGCAUUGGCUUGUUUAGUAGCAGCCUGUUCGGCAGCUGAAACUGAAUACAAACAACCAGAGUACUACCCAAUUGAACCAAGAGUGUUCCAGAACUCGACAGGUUUGAAGGUAGUAGAUGGUAGCAAUGCUGUAAGAAACCAAUUUCCUUAUCAAAUUUCUCUUAGAAGAUUGGCCUUGAUCAGCUAUUUCCACAUUUGCGGUGGUUCAAUUGUUAGCCCAAGAUGGGUUUUGACAGCUGCCCAUUGUACUUGGGGCAGGGCUGCUAGCCAGUUCCGUAUUGUCGCUGGUAUCUUGAACCAAGGUGACACAGGAAUCGUCAACCAACAAACUGUCGCUGUUUCCCAAAUUAUUAACCAUGAGGGAUAUCCAGGUGGUAACCAAGUAAGUGCUGAUGACAUCGCUCUCGUUCUAUUAGCAAAUAACCUCGUCUACGGCAUCAACGUGCAACCCGUCCCUCUUGCACAACCUGGAUCUUCGGCUCGUGGUACUGCCGUUCUUUCUGGAUGGGGUUCUCUGGGACCACCAACUAAUGCUGCCCCUGAAACACUUCAGUUUGUUAAUCUUCCAAUUUUGCCUCAAGAUCAGUGCGCUAACCUAAUUGCCUCCAUCUCUGGCCCUAAUAAUCCCUUCAGGGCUUUGCUCAACGUAUGUACAGUACCCGCCACCAACAGAGAAGGCGCUUGUAGUGGUGACAGUGGUGGCCCAUUGGUCAACAACGGUAUUCUAGUCGGUGUUGUGUCUUGGGGUUACAGUCCAUGCGGUGGUGUUGGCUAUCCAUCCGUUUUCGCCAAAGUAUCCGCCUACAACGCCUGGAUCAGACUAAACUCAAACGGCGAAGUCGGCCUUUAAUAAUUCGCAGAAUUUAAUGUAACAUUAAGUAAUUUAUUUGUUAUUAAUUUUAAAUCAAAUAAAUGUUUUCAUUAAAUUAA